AGGACCCUAGCCGCCUCUCUAGAGCAUGAGCUCAGGCAAGAGUGCCCGCUACAACCGUUUCUCCGGGGGCCCCGCCAGUCUUCCCUCCCCAGACAUCACCACCGGGACCAGAAUGGAAACGACCUUUGGGCCCGCCUUUUCGGCCGUCACCACCAUCACAAAAGCUGAUGGGACCAACACAUACAAACAGCACCGCAGGACACCCUCCUCCUCCAGCACUCUUGCCUACUCCCCACGGGACGAAGAGGACAGCAUGCCCCCCAUCAGCACGCCCCGCCGCUCCGACUCGGCCAUCUCCGUCCGCUCUCUGCACUCCGAGUCCAGCAUGUCCCUGCGCUCCACGUUUUCACUGCCUGAGGAGGAGGAGGAGCCGGAGCCACUGGUGUUUGCCGAGCAGCCCUCAGUGAAGCUGUGCUGCCAGCUGUGCUGCAGCGUGUUCAAGGACCCCGUGAUCACCACGUGUGGGCACACAUUCUGCAGAAGAUGCGCCUUGAAGUCAGAGAAGUGUCCUGUGGACAACGCCAAGCUGACGGUCGUGGUGAACAACAUCGCGGUGGCCGAGCAGAUUGGGGAACUCUUCAUCCAUUGCAGGCACGGCUGUCGGGUGGUGGCGGGUGGGAAGCCCACCAUCUUCGAGGUGGACCCCCGAGGGUGUCCCUUCACCAUCAAGCUCAGUGCCCGGAAGGACCACGAGGGCAGCUGUGACUACAGGCCUGUGCGUUGCCCCAACAACCCCAGCUGCCCUCCCCUCCUCAAGAUGAACCUGGAGGCUCACCUCAAAGAGUGCGAGCACAUCAAGUGUCCCCACUCCAAGUAUGGAUGCACGUUCAUCGGGAACCAAGACACGUACGAAACUCACCUGGAGACAUGCCGCUUCGAGGGCCUAAAGGAGUUCCUGCAGCAGACAGACGACCGCUUCCAUGAGAUGCAUGUGGCGCUGGCCCAGAAGGACCAGGAGAUCGCCUUCCUGCGCUCCAUGCUGGGCAAGCUCUCAGAGAAGAUCGACCAGCUGGAGAAGAGUCUCGAGCUCAAGUUUGAUGUCCUAGAUGAAAACCAGAGCAAGCUCAGCGAGGACCUCAUGGAGUUCCGGAGGGACGCGUCCAUGCUGAAUGAUGAGCUGUCCCACAUCAAUGCACGGCUGAACAUGGGCAUCCUGGGAUCCUAUGACCCUCAGCAGAUCUUCAAGUGCAAAGGAACCUUUGUGGGCCACCAGGGCCCUGUCUGGUGUCUCUGUGUCUACUCCAUGGGUGACCUGCUCUUUAGCGGCUCCUCUGACAAGACCAUCAAGGUGUGGGACACAUGUACCACCUACAAGUGCCAGAAGACACUGGAGGGCCAUGACGGCAUCGUGCUGGCUCUUUGCAUCCAGGGGUGCAAGCUGUACAGCGGCUCUGCAGACUGCUCCAUCAUCGUUUGGGACAUCCAGAACCUACAGAAGGUGAACACCAUCCGGGCCCACGACAACCCAGUGUGCACACUGGUCUCUUCCCACAACAUGCUCUUUAGUGGUUCCCUGAAGGCUAUCAAGGUCUGGGACAUCGUGGGCACUGAGCUGAAGUUGAAGAAGGAGCUCACUGGCCUCAACCACUGGGUCCGGGCUCUGGUGGCUGCCCAGAGCUACCUGUACAGUGGCUCCUACCAGACAAUCAAGAUCUGGGACAUCCGUACCCUCGACUGCAUCCAUGUCCUGCAGACGUCUGGCGGCAGUGUCUACUCUAUCGCUGUGACGAAUCACCACAUUGUUUGUGGCACCUAUGAGAACCUCAUCCACGUGUGGGACAUUGAGUCCAAGGAGCAGGUGAGGACCCUAACAGGCCACGUGGGCACUGUGUACGCCCUGGCGGUCAUCUCAACACCGGACCAGACCAAAGUUUUCAGUGCAUCCUAUGACCGGUCCCUCAGGGUCUGGAGUAUGGACAACAUGAUCUGCACACAGACCCUGCUGCGCCACCAGGGCAGUGUGACUGCGUUGGCCGUAUCCCGGGGCCGGCUCUUUUCAGGGGCUGUGGACAGCACUGUGAAGGUUUGGACUUGCUAACAGAAUCCAGGCCAGGCCGUGGCUUUCUCUGGGCCUGCCUGAGCCACGCUGGCCUCACGGCAUGGUCUUGGGGUUUCUGCCUGCCCUGUGGGGACAGGUGGACAAGCCCAGGCAGCCAGGCAGUGCCCUUCAUUCCCUGUGCUGGGCAAGCCUCCUUCUACUCGGCCCUGUCCUCGUUGCUGCCAGGACAAUGCCCAGGCCCCUCUCUGGGUGCCAGGUACGAUGCUCAUCCAGUCCACACUCCAUUCCGUCCCCCUCCAAGAUGGACUGCAGGCCUUUUUACUCACCUUUUCUACUGUUUUUAGACUGUAUAUAGAUUUGAUUACUUCCUGAUUGAAAUAAAAGCUGCACAGACUGUG